GUUGACUACUGAAGCACGUGAGAGAAAACAGACUGCAAUUGCCGUGAGCAGCAUGAUAGCCUAGCCAACCCCAGAGUGUUUGUAGGUAACUGGUACCGGUGAUUUCUCAACGAAUGUAGGCAUACAGUAUGUGAUAAAGGACGACGAUUUUGAAACACACCUCCGGGGUGGAGGAUCUACUGGUAGCCAGCACCAAUCUGAAAGGGGUAGAAGGAGGGGGCGGGAAGGUUAGUUUGAAGAGGGCAGGCUUUCCACGAUGACAGCGAUUUCCCUCAUAAUUUCACCGUAGCAAAAGCACUUCAAAAUCCUUUUGGACAAAUAAGAAUUGCAGGAGAAAUCCGUUGGAUCGAAACAGCACGUACUGACGCAAAGAAAAUCAAAAGUCGGAAGAAAAUAACAGCAAGAAGAAGCGUUCUUUUCUGGGUUUUGGGCCUUGGUUGGGAAUGGCUCUCCCGAAGCUGGCUGUAUUCGUGACGGGCAUGUGGAUGUGCCUGCAUCACCCCUUUCCACAAGCCGGAGGAAGCCAGUGUAAACGGCACUUUGAGGCAUGUGGAGCUUCAGAGCUGGCAUUAAGGGCAGUCGUUGGGCAUAGGGAGCCGUUGCCGGACGACAGUAGAGACAACAUCACCAUCUUCACCCGGAUCCUGGACAGGCUGCUGGAUGGCUACGACAACCGACUGCGUCCUGGGCUGGGAGCAGAGAGUGUGACGGAGGUGAGGACAAAUAUCUACGUGACCAGCUUCGGACCAGUGUCGGACACAGACAUGGAAUACACUAUCGAUGUGUUCUUCCGCCAGAGUUGGAGGGAUGAGCGGCUAAAGUUUGAUGGGCCCAUGCAAGUCUUGCCUCUUAACAACCUCCUCGCCAGUAAGAUCUGGACUCCAGAUACCUUCUUCCACAAUGGAAAGAAAUCUGUGGCCCACAACAUGACUACACCGAACAAACUGCUACGACUGGUGGACAACGGUACUCUGCUCUACACCAUGAGGCUGACCAUCCACGCCGAGUGUCCCAUGCACCUAGAGGACUUCCCCAUGGACGCCCAUGCUUGUCCGCUGAAGUUUGGCAGCUAUGCAUAUACCAACAAUGAGGUUAUCUAUCUGUGGACUAAAGGAGCUGAGGACUCUGUAGUUGUAGCAGCAGACGGCUCAAGGCUAAACCAAUAUGACCUACUGGGCCACGUUAUUGGGAAAGAAUCCAUGAGUUCCAGCACAGGAGAAUAUGUAGUGAUGACAACGUAUUUCCAUUUGAAAAGGAAAAUUGGCUAUUUUGUGAUUCAAACCUACCUUCCCUGCAUCAUGACUGUCAUCCUGUCUCAGGUCUCCUUCUGGCUAAACAGGGAAUCGGUUCCCGCCCGUACUGUAUUCGGGGUCACCACAGUUCUAACCAUGACCACCCUCAGUAUCAGUGCCAGGAACUCCCUGCCUAAGGUGGCCUAUGCUACAGCCAUGGACUGGUUCAUGGCAGUCUGCUAUGCUUUCGUCUUCUCUGCCUUGAUAGAGUUUGCCACGGUCAACUACUUCACCAAGCGCAGCUGGGCGUGGGACGGCAAAAAGGAGGCCCAGGAAAUGAGGAGAAGAGAAUCUUCCUCUCUUUCCAAAAAGGCUAAUAAUACAUUUAACAUAGUUGGAACCACCUACACCAUCAAUGUGGCGAAGGACCCGGGUUUAACCACCGUCUCCAGGAGUGCCACCACAGCCGCGCACCACCACCACCACCACCACAAGGUCCCCAAAAUGGACGACUCAUACGUGGAAGCCAUAAAGUCCUACAACCGCGUAAGCAAAGUGGACAAGAUAUCACGCAUCAUCUUUCCUGUGCUGUUCUUCAUCUUCAACCUCGUCUACUGGGCCACCUACAUCAACAGCAAGCCACGCGCUAUCCCCCCUCCCAGGUCCACUGCCCAGGAUUAAAAUCAGCAGAACAAACUAGGCUGGGCCCAAGAGAUCCACCAGAGAUCCACAACAUGUCCACCAUUGUUUUGGACUUCAUUUGGAGAUUAGCAAAUGUCAGCCAGAUCAAUGACAAACAUUCAUAGAUUCGUGCAUACAGAACCAUAUCGAUUUGUUGUUUCCUGAUUGUUCGUUUGUUUCAUUAGUCAGACGGCGUUUCUCUUCUCAGAAAUGAGAGGGUCGGGGCCAUGUGUUCGAACCUUUCGCGGUAGCUCAUUACAGAGAAUUGGGUCCUGCUGCAUCACUGUUUGUCAACACAUACAUACCCACGCUCGGCAGACACACACACACACUCACCAUUCACUCUGAAAUGCGUCAGAAAGCAGCCAGGAGAGCCAUUGGCUGCUCGGCUCCAUGGUAGGCUCUUAUAGCCAGAGGCUGCCUGUAGAGUUCCGUAGGAAGGUCAUUAAUAAUCCUCUGCCCUUCUGCUAGCGCUGAAUCUCAAUAGACCCAACGCAAUAUCAUCUGGAAUUGCUUUUGUGUCCUAUGGGCCUGCCUGUGCAUUUUCCAGUCCAGUGACACUUAUUGUUUUAACAGGCUGAGUAUGCUCAAAAAGAAAGAAGCAGUGUGCCUUUUUGAAUACCCACAUCAUCGAGACGAAGCGUACAGCACACGCAAACACCUACAAACCCACACUCACACACGCAAAAACAUGCUGGUGUCCAUAUGGAUUCGGCCCCUUCUCUCCUCCGCCUACAGCCCAUGGGAUGUCUCUUCAUUACCUCAGACUGAUGUCUAGAAUACAGUAGAGUGGAUAACAGGUCAUCAGCAUAGGGACACGCUCACCUGUUCACUUGUAUAGGAACGCAUUCAUUUGUUAAAUCACGUUCAAUCUAAAGUGAAUAUUCUUGACUUUGAGUUGAUAAUGUUUUCUGAUGAAAGCUUUGACCCUUGUGCCUGUCCGUGGGCUUUCUUUUCUCUAGGGGAUUACAAUACGCAUUUGAGGCCCCCGUUUAGAAAAGGCAACUUCAUUCUUUAAGAUGCUCAUGACCCAUGAGGUCCCAUUCCCAUUCGAUUUAGUUGUAUUUGUGUGCCACUUUAAUUACAUGAAGCAAGUAGGUGUUCCUUCGGACGGGAGCCUGAGUACCUUACGUACAACAUACCUCAGUGGAGGCCGCACAUCGCCAGGCAUGUUGUUAGACUGUUACAUGUAAAAACAGCAGGGCUGAAAUAGGGGCGCUUGUUAUGCCAAAAAGAUGCUGUGUUGAAAGCAUACAGCCUGUGUGUGAUGACGCUAAUAGUUGCCGUGAAAGUUACGUUAAGUAAUGUCAUUGCACGUGACCUUUCCAGCAUCUUUCACCCCUUGUUAAGCAGAUCUCUUGCCGGGAACACGACGGACGUGGGAACGUGCUAUGCGAUCUCUCGAAAACAAGGCGGCAUUCAAUGUAACACCUUGCAAACGGCUAGAACAGUGACCGUUUAGUUGUGACUUUCUCUGAAGGUGUGUUAAAAACCCAAACCAUGUACAACGUAUCAAACAUAUGCAUGACAAUCUGUACAUGUGUAAGUCCACAACCUCCAGUGAUGUCGUGUGUCAUAUUGCAACGUCAGGCUUACUGUCAGUAUUUCAGUCGCUCACUAAGAUAACGUACAGUGUUCCAUCUCUGUUGGAUUGGGUGCUUGUCCUUCUAAAAAGGCCAAGGGUUCAUAGCUACAGUAUAGCUUCAUAUAUAAGGAAUAUAUUUAUAUAUGAUUACAUAUAUACCGUAGUCAGUAUAUUUAUGCAAAUUAACAUACGAUUUAAGACAUAUACAUUUUAUAUGUAAUAUAGCCUAUUGUGUCAUAACAAAUGUUGCGGGGUAGAAAGCAGUAGACAAGCAAAUAAACAAAUCAACAAAAUAUUUAAAUAAGGGCAAAUACUGUAAUUAUUUCACAGAGUUGUUACGUUUUGAAUUUUGUAGAUACUGUGAACUGAAAUAGAGUUUGUGGAGUAUGAUGAGUCCGGUUCAUUCUAAUGUACUUGAUCAGUACUGCGCUCUCAUUGGGGCCUACAUGUUGAAGGUACAUUCAGCUCUGGAACCCCUUCCGUGCGCUGCGGCGUUGACAUUGGAGACGUUGACAUUGGAGACGUUGACAUUGGAGACGUUGACAUUGGAGACGUUGACAUUGGAGACGUUGACAUUGGAGACGUUGACAUUGGAGACGUUGACAUUGGAGACGUUGACAUUGGAGGUGCUUAGCAUCAGGCGACUUGGCUUCUCCGUAAGAUCAGUACAUCGUGUGCACUUUUCAUACCUGACUGUGAACAAGCAGAUGUCUUUGUCUGCCAGUGAUGCUGCUGUCCCUGCUGUUCUUUGUCCCCCCUGCGAUGUAACUGCAUGUCCUGAAGUACUGAGGAACUGGACAAUUCCUCCACCAAUAGAGCUUGCAGACAACUGUGGACUCUGCCAGGAGCUCUUUUCAUUGGCCGCGCCAGUCUUUGCAAUCCCGUGAUGAAGUGUCCUUCUCAACGACAGGACCCCAGGCAUUAGCGCGCCCUUUCUCCGUUGUCUGCCCACCGCUCUGCAAAUAACUAAUAACUGUCGGGAUUUCCAGGACAUUGUUAGUGAACAUACAAGACUUUGAAUGGGGAGGAUAUCUGAACGGCGAAAAAGGGAUUUGUUAUGUUUUGACAUGUGGCUCAUUGAGACAUCAACUCUGCACCUGUUGGUGGUUAGCUCUGUCAUGGUUAGCUCUGUCAUGUGGGCUGCGCUUUAGUUCAUGCUAGUCAUUUUGUUUGUGGUGUUUACACUGUGAUUCAAUGCAAAAAGGUAGCAAGACAUAAACAAAUCCUGUCGGGGACAGGGAACCCACCUGCACAAUCUGUGUUGUCAUGAUUGAUAGCACCAUGGAACACCCGGAAAUUGGGAGUGUCAUUUCUGUGAGGUACUGUGACAUAGAAAGGCAAGGAUAACACAUGCAGCUUAUAAAUAUAAUUAUAAACACAACAGAAAUACAUGUACUGUCCACACUUUGACUUAGUGGAAAAUGGAGGAGGUCAUUGGGAUUCAUUCCACAGCUGAAAUAUAGUCUGAAAGCUAUAAGACCAGAAUUGAGGUGUCUCCCUCAAUAUGUACAGUUUACAAUGGGUUGCCUCUUCCAUACUGUGUCUCCAUUAUUCUCAGAUUAUUUGCUUUGCCAAAAAUGACCUUUUAGAGGAAAAACAUAGAAAGCAUGCGCCCUAGGAUAUGGCAAUGUUUUGUGUUUUGCUCUGAGUGAUUGGGUUUGGCAUUGAGUAUGUCUGAAGGGUGUUGAUUAAGACACGAUUUGAUAAAGCACACAAGUUGUGUGGGAGAUUACAUUUGCAUACCCAGUCCCUGACCUGCAUGCAUCAAGGUUGUGAAGGAUGAGAACUCUCCAUGUGAUGCCUGUACAGCCUCAGUGAAGGAUGUGAAGGCAGUGCUAAAAUACUACUCAGUAUGGUCUGACUUCAGAUGCCCAGCCAGACCCCUUACUUUCUCAGCAAAUUGCAGCGGACAUCCAAGGGAGUCCAACACAGAUCCGGCAGAAAGAGCCUCCUGUUGGUGACUGAAAACACAGCAGACAAGACUGACAGAGUGACUGUCACCCUGAAGAGAACCACUUCCUUUCACUGUUGAAUGGUGGGCUGUGAAGUCCAUUAUAUUUAGGGCCAAAUAACCUAUUAUUUUCUUUAGCUUUUUUUUUUUCUCUGCAUGCUUUAGAGAAAAGUAGAUUGUGGGAAACAUUUCCCCAUUAAUAUUUGAGGUUAUACCUUAGAAUAGUUUUGACUAUAAAUUGGUUAGGUUGCUUUUGCUUGCUUGUGCUUGCUUUGAUAAAAGAUAUGAUCAAUUAUACAUUAAGUAUAAGAGUUUUAUUCAGAACUACAGUUCUCUGACUGCUUUCAGUUUGGGUUGGUUCACUAGCUCUGUGACCCCAACGUAUUACAGCCAAGCACAUUUGACAACUUUCAUCACAGUGACCUAGUUUCAGGAAUCAGUGCGCUUGCAUAUUUAACCUGUGUGGAAACCUGCACCUUAUGAAGUUUGUGGCACUGUGCUCAAUUCCUGCUGUAUUAAAGGGUAUAAGAAUUUAAUACUGAAUGAUACAAAUUGUAAGUAGCCAGCAAAUCUGAUGUAAUUUGAGCUUUUUGUUGAUGUGAAGGCACAGUGAAAGCAAGGAGCUUUAUUUCAACACUCGCAGUGUUAAUGUUUAAAAGACUACGUAAUGAUGACAUCAUUCAGUCAGAAGUGGAAUUGUUUUUUUUUGUAGAAGAUUUACUUCGAAAGUGUUCCUUUUACUCUCGUAUUGUGAAGGUUUGUUUGUGGGUCUAAAUUAUGGAGAAUGUUCUUUUUAACCUCCCUUUGUCCAGGUUUUGCUGUUCUUUACGUUAAUAAAGAUACAGUUCUUUCA